UUAGGAAGUGCAGCCCUGUCACAGCGAGGACAGCGUGCACAUGGGCAGAGGGCACUAUUUUUGUCUGCGAGGCUGUAACCUGAAGCGCUGACCCCACAUCAGGAUGUAUAAAUAACAAGGUUUUCACAGGCGCAGUGUCUGUUUACAUUCUGUGGUGACGGGCUUGUUCUGCAGGCCGGAAGACAAAGUGUCUGUUAACCCGACCCGCGACUGGCAAUGGAGUACGUGAACAACGCGAACAGCUACAGUUCUGGAGACACCAUGAGCAGCUCCUUAGCCAACAUGACCAUCAAGGAUCAGCACCACCAGGAGAACGGCGUCAAAAUGAAAGAGGAUGAAGCAGCACUCAGUGAAAAUGGGGUGAACUCUGUGUCUGAGCUCUCUCAGCCAGACAGCAGCCACUGUGAUGACGAGGCACAGCCCGCAGCAGGAGCGUCUUCAACAGCUCAAGGAGUGAUGGAUAACGGAGAUAAGACUCAAACUGCCACCACACCGACCUCUUCCCCGUCCAUAACCGCCAAGGGCGCCAAAUCACCCGCAUCCUCCCGAAACGGCCACAGCUCGAUCCCCGUUAAAGUCAGCAGCACAGGGCCCAGGCAGCCUGGAAGCGGUGCAAAGUCUCAGACUCCAGGGGCCAAAACUUCUGCCAGAACUGCAGCUCAACCAGAUGCCAAGAGUGGACAGAGCAGCCCCGGCACUCCCAAAUCCCCCGGUAGCCAAUCAAAUUCUGCAAAGUCAGGGGCCGAUGCCAACAAAGUGAAGAAGGUGGCUGUGGUUCGCUCCACCCCCAAAUCCCCGGGCUCGCUGAAGACCCGUCCACCGGCUCCUCUGGCCGCCGCGGCGCCGCUGCCAGACCUGAAGAACGUCAGGUCCAAGAUCGGCUCCACAGAAAACAUGAAGCAUCAGCCCGGAGGGGGAAAGGUACAAAUCCUUGAUCAGAAGUUGGACUUUAGUAAUGUGCUGUCUAAGUGUGGCUCCAAAGACAAUAUCAAACAUGUACCCGGUGGCGGCAAUGUCAAAAUCCUCGAGAAGAAGAUGGACUUAAGUAACGUCCAAUCUCGCUGCGGUUCUAAAGACAACCUAAAGCACACGCCUGGUGGAGGCAAGGUGCAAAUUCUCGAUAAGAAGUUGGACUUGAGCAGUGUGCAGUCCCGGUGUGGCUCCAAAGAUAAUAUAAAACAUGUACCCGGUGGUGGCAAUAUUCAAAUCGUGCACAAAAAGAUCGAUCUGAGCAACGUUACAUCUAAGUGUGGCUCGAAGGACAACAUUCGUCACAAGCCGGGUGGAGGAAACAUUGAGAUCAAAAACGAGAAGCUGGAGUUUAAAGUUCAGUCCAAAGUGGGCUCUCUGGGCAACAUCAGCCACGUUCCUGGAGGCGGGCUGAAGAAGAUUGAGAGCCACAAACUGAACUUCCGCGAGACAGCCAAGGCCCGCACUGACCACGGCGCCGAGAUCGUCUCCUUGGAAGACUCCCCUCACCAGCUCAGCACCGUGUCCUCCUCUGGCAGCAUCAACAUGACCGACUCUCCACAGCUCUCCACGCUGGCCGACGAGGUGUCCGCCUCCCUGGCCAAACAAGGCUUGUGAACGCGCCCGCCGCACUCCCCGCCUCGACCGCACGACCACGUAGAGGAGUUGUGAUGCCUUCCUCGUUACUUUCACAGGACUUUUAUUUGAUUUUUUUUUAGCUGCCCGUCACCGUUUAUCCUCCACUAACCUUUGAAUCUCGUCGAGGCGUUGCUAUUAGAGGUCUUAAAAAAGAAAACAGAUUAACCAGUAGGCCAACAUGUAUUGAAUAUCUCUCUGUGGUCUUUGAUCUCUGCACUUAAUUUGAACCUUUUGUAAGUGUCCCUUUAAGAGUUAAAGCACCCCAGCAGAGCGAAAUCCUCCCUCUGAGGAUCUCCAUGCAUAUCCCGUUAAAUCGUCUCGACUCGGUUUCCCGUCACAUUGACUGUGAACCCUUUUAGAAGUGUAUCUUAUCAGCGUCACCUUCGACGGGUGUCCCCUGAUUCUUUUUUUAUUUAUUUAUUUUUUGAUAAAAAACAGAUGAAGAUGGAGGUUAAUGCAGACUGUUUGUGGGACGGGGGUGGGGGUCCGUUUGUGCUAAAGCAGAGGGUCCGGUGAAGUGGGCGGAGGAACAGUUAGAAGAAAAAGUAGCAAAUAUUUCUCGUCGAGGCAGAAAAGAAAAAGCUUUCAGACCUCACUGCUGUCUUUGCUUUGUGUAGUCCUGACAUGUGCUGCACCUCGAGCUACUGCAGGAGACUGCGGGGUGGGAGGGGCCAGAAGUGAGACCGCGGAGACGACGGCGACUGAUUACGGGACGCGCCGAGCUCAGAUGUUCGUUCAGAAGAAAGAGAGAAAUUACACUUAACGGAGGGCUGAGAGAGGCCUUGACCAACGGCAGCUGUGCUGUUUAACUCCUCCCUGCUUAAUCGGAGAAACAUGGCCGAGUGUGCAUCAGACGGGAGUGAGGGGGAUCUUCUAACGGCCAUUGAAACAUUUGUUAACCGAUAAAUACACCGAAGCAUCAGGUUUUUGUAGUUUUUAGUAGCUGGCUCGUUGUUGCGGCGACGAUACGGUAAAGCUGUGCUGUCUGCUGCGACCUCGAGGGUCGUCCUGGUUUUACUACAGUGGAUGUCAGCAGAGUCUAAACUAAACCCGCCACAGGUUUGACAUUUAAACCAUUGGAAUCGCAGCGGAGAGCACGAGCACGUCACCACCAGCUCCCUCUGCCAUUCGCAGGGUUACAGCGUGGUGGCACUGUCACAGGUUCAAACUUCCACUGCAGACGUGUGCUGCAGCACGCUGGGAAUAUUUCACCUUAAAUAUGGAAGUUAAAGGGCCGGUCAAGUGUUGUAAGAACACUAAAGCGAAAUAUUGAAAAUUUCAAAAAACAAAAUGUCCAAAAGUGUGAAAACCCAACAUUUGUUCUUCGGUUUUAUUUGACUUGUUUAAGCUGUUUUUUGUUCCCCGCUGUUUCCUGUUCUCUGCUGACCGUGUGAGUCGUUCGGCUCAGAAUGAUCCAUUAUCUGAGCUCGGUGACGAAGCGACGGGCCGCUGCCUCUCCGCGGUCUCAUUUCUGACCCCGCGUCGUAGGUGAGGGAGGGGGAGGGGAGCGUUACCUGGAUUUAAAAAAAAUACAGAAAAAAGACGAAGUGAAGAGCUAGAGUAGAGUUUGUGUUGGGCACAGUUUUAUAAUCGUACUCUGUGGAUAUAUGACAUGUAUUUGAUAUGAAGAAACAUUUGUAUCGUGCCUGCUACUGUCAGUGUUCUUUUUUUUUACUGCUCUGUGUAAAUGCGCUACAGCUCGAGGAGGGAAAAUUAACCUUAAAGUGACAUUUUCAUAGCUAAACUGCGAGGAGGAGGC